AGAAAGUGAACUAGUUUAUUUUAGUCUAACUUUUUUCAAAGAGAAACAUCAAGAAAAGCAACAGUUAGACAUUUAGCAGUGUAUUAUCUCUCAUGGAACAGGUGGAUAUUCCCAUUACCUCAUCAACUGAACUUAUUGCAGAUUUAUAGACUCGUUGUACUACCUAUAGAUGAUGGAGGAUCUCAGGAACCAGGUAGCUGAGAAGACUGAAGUGCAGUCAGGUAGUGUGCUUCUCACCUACUUUCAAGGAGACAUUAGCAGCAUGGUGGAUGAACAUUUCACUCGGGCACUCAGCAAAGCAACUAAACCGAAGGGAGAACGCUCUAAAAACAAACGAAACCAGAAAUCUGCUCAUACAAAUGAUUCAGAUCAAUGGGAAUCACAUUCACAAACAGUAUUCCAGUCCAUGUUUUCUCCAGAACGACUCCAGCGAGGAACAAGCAGCAAUCCUCAAUCAAGCCCUCAUGGGUCAUUGAAUCACCUUCCAAACAACGCCCUCAUUUGGCCCGGAGGUUCUAGACAGGACACAGGUCUGGUUCUGCCCCCCAUGGUUCACCCCUCAGCUGUAUCCACUGAGGGUUUGAAGGUGGCAGAACACAAGUACACUAAUUCUCUGUUAAACUUGCUUCACAAUGAUCAACCUGACAUUGGCUCAGUCAUGGUGGCCCCAUCCAAACAAGAGCUAAUAUCUGGAUGGACUAAGUAUCCUGGAUUCAGUAACCAGAUGAAUACUGAUAUCAGCUUUGAUUCUGGAGUGCAGGUGAUAGAAAAGAAGAAUAUUUAUUGGUAUUAAAUGAAGGUAAAUUGAGAUUUUAAUGAGAGGACAAGGAAUUCUGUCAUCUCUCUUUCGCUGAAGAAGUGACUUAAGGACUUUGCAAUGCUUAACCCGGAGGCUUCUGUGGGCAACCUGUUCAGAAACAAGCUCUGCGUGUACCACAGAAAAGAAGAUUGUACAAGAGUAUUGCCUCAGGCAAUUUGGUUGAAGACAUUUUACACGUACACAGAAACACACGCAAACAACAGAAUAAUCUGUAUUUUUCUACUGUAUAUGUCACAAAAUCAAAUGAGUUUUAUGCAUAUUAAGGAAUGAUUUAUCUUGUGCAACUGGGCACAUUUCUUGUUGUUGGAAGAUUUUACAGCACACGUCUGACAGACUCAUGAUCAAACCUGUUAGGCAGCCUGGUCUGGGCUUUAAAUAAACUUUGAAAAAUAUGAUUUGAAAAAUUAUCUGUUGACUUUAUUGAACUAUAUACUGACAUCUUAUUCUAUUCAGUAGUCUUAAAGAUAUUAGCAGAGUAUUUCUUCAUUUAUAUAUUA